AUGAGCAACCGCGCUUCGCAAGUGCAUCAGUGGAGCUCUCAGCUUUCAACGAUCGCAUCGGAGUCAGAGCGUGGCUCCAACGCGGGUUCCCAGCAAAUAUCCGAUCGGGGAUCCCAAUUGGCCUCCUAUAGAAGUUCGCAAUCAGUAGAGCAUCCCAGACCAACCGCACAGACACCUCGCAGACAGACGAUUUCGAGCAUUGCCUCCUCCGAUAAUGCUGUAUAUACUUCGGAGCCAACGGACUCCUCGGUUUCUGUACCACUGCCUCUGUUCUCACCAUCAUUGCGACCUCCAGAAGGCCGCGAUUCUGACGAGCAUCGAGAUGUAGUUUCGCCUCUUCAGUCUCCUCCAUUGAGGCAACAGCGAUCUGGAUAUUUGAGCAGGCAUAAUAGUAAUGAUUCGCGUCCGGGGUCACGUCCAGGGUCGUCACAGUCGGACUUCGCAACCUUCAUUGCAAGCACGAUCCCAGCAUGGGCAAGGGUCUACUAUCAACGCGGCGACCGUACCUCGAUGGGAGCCCCUGACUCUUCCACCGAAGCAUCAGAUAGUCGACUGCCCACUGCUCAAAGCGGCCGUACGCAAACACCAUCUGAGGGUAACUUUCCAUUAAGCAUAUAUCGACCGCGAAAUCGGCCACACCAAGACCAAUCGCAAGAUGUGAGGGAUUCAAUGGCGAUAUCUAAUGAGCCAAUUGAGCAAGAAAUCUCAGUGUUUGGUCCCAUGAUGACCCGUCGGUCCAUAUCUGAAAUGUCUGCUCCGCGACUGCGUACCGACAAAAGAAGUACCGCACGGCUAAGCGCGUGGCGAGCACCGUCACUUGAUGAGGCGUUUGGUAGCAUGAUGUUUAGCCGGCAGAAUAGGCAAAUUCUUUUGUUCUGUUUAGGUUUCAUUUUCCCGUUCGCCUGGAUGAUUGCCUCAUUUCUUCCUAUCCCUCCCAACCCUGAAAUCUCCAAAGAAGCGACACCCAGUCAAGCGGACCUUGAGCGACAACUAGCACAGCGCGUAGGACCUGUUGAUGGGCGAGACUAUCAAAAGGCCUUCUGGUGGAGGAAUCUAAAUCGAAUAAUGUCUGCUGUUGGAAUAUUGCUCAUUGGAGCAAUAGUGAGCUGCCCUCGCCCAACGAACUUGUCCAAAUGCUGA